AUGAAUAAGACUUUACAGAGCUGCACUGGGAGAGUUGAUUGGAUUUGUCAGUUUUCCUGUGGAUACGAAGUCCUGGGUGGCUUGACCAUCUCAGGGGGUGUUCUGUUCACUGGAAUUACUCAGAACCAGGCUGAUGGAGUCACCACCAUCUCCAACAUGGUCAGUUUUCAAUGGCAGCGAGCAAGAGAAUUUUUGAAUUUUCUCACAUUGGCUGUUAAAUAUAGUGGCCAGGAGAAGACACAUGGACUUCCGUUCACAGCGCAUUGGCCAGAACUAGUCACUUGGCUCCAGUGUAAUCCCAGGGGCUCAGGAAGUGAGAAGCUUCCUGUGACCGGGAGCAAGGAGAUGGAGAUAUUCGGUCAAGAGCACAGAUGUUCGGCACACACGGUGACUUGCUCUGCCUCCCAGCCAGGGCUCUGA